AUGGCGGAGCACCGGGCUCAGGCUUCUCGGCCGCAGUUCACCAACCCGUGGAAACAUAGUGCACCGUCCAGAACUUUGCAAGAUGUGCCGGAUGGAAAGAUAGCCCAUACACUGACGGCUUGUACGAGAUGUCGACAAAGAAAAUCUAGAUGCGAUCCAGGCAUACCGAGAUGCGAGCCAUGCGAACGAAGCAAUGCGCGAUGCGUUUACUACGACUCGACUAGACACCAGACGAUUUCCCGCUCCUACAUAGUCCAAUUACGAGAAAGAGCUCGAGCUCUUGAAAGAGAAAUCGAGGCAGCAGAAAAAGAAGUAAGGCAUGCCGCCGAUGCGGAGUUGAUGGUUCGGGGCGCCGGCCGUAUACGAUUCGCAGCAAAUGAUGAACCGAGAUAUUUGGGACCGUCCAGUGGUAUUGCCAUAACGAGAUUAGUGAUGGAAUUGGCCAAGCAAAACACUGACUCGAAAAGUAUCAAGGAUGUCGUCCCAGAAAUGACGGCACAGGAGAUCCGCGAUAUGUUUGCGAAGGAAAGCUCCAAGCCAACAUCCAAGGUGUACCCGAUGAUUAGCUCUGUACCUCAAGAGAGUCUACCUCCACAGAAUUUGACCAACAAGCUGAUUGACCUCUACAUGGUCAAAGGACAAGCUAUGCUACCGGUCUUGCACGAGCCUACAUUUCGCCAGGAUGCGGAAGAUGUCUUUCGCGCAUCCCAGGAUCCUAUUCAGAACUUUCAGUUGCGCAUGGUCGUUGCAAUCAGUAUGCAGAAAUUGAGUCCCGAGUACGCUGGGUUGGCCGAUAGUUACUACCUGGCAGCUCUGCCCUUUCUUCAACCCUCACUGCAACAAAUGGAUUUGCGAUCGCUCCAAUGUCUGACCCUCAUCGCGCAGUACUCGCUAAUAACGCCAACUAGGACAGCCUCAUAUUGGGUGGUCGGGGCGGCCGCGAAACUCGCUCAGGAGUUAGGGCUUCUUGAGGAGGCCAACAUCACCAAGUCCACAACAGGCGAGCCACUCAAUGUCCUGGAAGUGGACAUGCGUCGGCGAGUAGCUUGGGUCGUCAUCACCAUGGAAUUCGGACUGGCCCAUAGCUUAGGCCGUCCAAACGCAUUCUGCAUCAGCCACGAUCAUCUUAAUAUCGGAUUUCCCCAACUUGUGGAUGACCGGUUCAUUACUGCUCAGGGAAUACUACCAGGAGCCAAGCCAAUCUGGGCCAAAUGUACUGCUAUACAUUUUUUCAAGAUGCGCUUAUUGCAAGCAGAGGUUCGACGGACACUUUAUCUGAACAAGCGAGAAGCUCCGGUAAACGAUCAGGAUCCUUGGUUCGAACAGAUCAUGGCCAAAAUAGACGACUGGGUUGAACUAUGUCCCAAAGAGGACGGCGGAAGUGGUCUGAGCAAAACUUGGUUCGUUGGCCGAAAGAAUACCAUGAUUGUUAUGCUAUAUCGUCCGUCGCCCCAAAUACCGGAGCCUUCAGUUGAUGCUGCUCGAAAAUGCUACGACGCCUGCGCCUUUAAUGUGAGGAUGCACAUGGACCAGAUGUCCACUGGCUCUGUUGACUUGACAUGGGCGUCUGCUCAGGCUCUAUUUAUGGCAAUCAGCACGAUGCUAUGGACGCUGUCUUAUCCUGAUAUCCGCAUAGAGCACGAUAUUGAGGAAGUCAAAUCUUAUCUUCAGAUCGCCUUGGAGGCGGUUGCUAUAUCAGCACAACGAUGGCCGGGGUGCGAGUCGGCGUUGCAGUUAUACAAGAGUCUCAUGACUGCAUGUCUGAAAGCCUACGAUACUGCGGAGUCUUUUGUUGUGCAUACACCGUCGACCCAACCGUCACCGGCCUCUGUGCAAGAUAUCACGACACCGCCUUUCAUUUCAAGUCCUUCAGCGACGUCGCAUCAUUCCGUACAAACAGUUGUAACUGCGGCAACGACGACAUCCGAUACAGAGAAAUACUUGUCGCAUUCAAGAGGUCCAUCAACGGAGCCUCUUCAAAAACACACUCCUGUUCAUGAACAAUCCAACACACCGGCUUCUCAACCUUCAUCAUCUCCGAUAUAUAUGCCUUCCCAAGCUUAUAGCCUUCCAAGUGCUCAACCCCCAAACAAACAACUACACCGACGAAACAUGCAUCACGGUCAGCAUCCUAAUACACAGAUGUAUGCCGCGUACGGCGACCCGAACUUCGAUCCUGCUACACCUUUCAAUACUUUCCCAUCUGUUGUUCCCGGUCUUGUUGGCUGGGAUCCUAACUACGCAGCCGUUCCGGUCACCAGCAGCAGCGGAUAUGUUAGCAUGAACGCCGACUCUACAUUUUGGAUGGGACCGUUUGGGGACCAGUAUUCUCAGUACUCGAAUCAACCAGGACCUUGGCGCGGUCGGACGUUGAGUCAAGAAGAACAAAUCGAAUUGAUGGACUCUUUAGCAGACAACAUACCGGAUGUGUCGUCGAUGCUGAUGAGCGACACAACUAUAUACUACCGUUCUUGA